UGGUUAUGGCCUUAUGGACCCUGCAGAGAAUAAUAUGUCGAAAGAAGCUGACAGUGUGGCAAUAUCAAUAGAAGAAGACGUGCUGCUUGGAGAUUCAUCACGGCCGGAAGAAGCCGAUAGAGUGGCAAUGCCUUCAGGAGAAGGCGUACUGCUCAAAGAUUCAUUGCAAUCUCAGCUGCAAGAGAUCAGUGUUAACCAUGAGAGUAUGUUGAAAGAAGCUGACAUCGUGGCACUAUCGAUUGGAGAAGAGGUGCAUGGCGAUUCAUCGCUGCCGGAAGAAGCUGACAGCAGAGAAAUACCGUCAGGAGAAGGCAUACUGCUUGGAGAUUCGUUGCAGUCUCAGCAGCAAGAGAUCAAUGUUAACCAUGAGAAUACGGAGGAAGAAGCUGACACUGUGGCAAUACAGUUAGGACUUAGGAGAAGGCUUGGAGGUUCAUCCCUGCUAGAAGAAGCUGACAUAGUGGAAAUAUCGAUAGGUGAAAACGUGCUGCUUGGAGAUUCAACGCUGCCGGGAGAAGCUGAGGGAGUGCCAAUGUUGUCAGGAGAAGGCGUACUGCCUGGAGAUUCGUCGCAGACUCAGCAGCAAGAGAUCACUAUCGACCAUGGUCCGCACAUGUCAAUUGAUGAGCUGCUGAAAGUAAUAAAAGGAGCCAAUGGCAUGCCCGUGCUGUUCGUCCCCUCCAGCGACGGGCGGCUGGCGGCAGUAGCUGUGGAUGGCCUUCAGAAUCUUGUGCCUGCCAAUCGCGACAACAAUGUGUCAGGUGAAAAUAAAAAUCAGGAUUUCCGUGCCUGGCUAUUACUCCUGGCGUCACUGGUUGCCACAGUCACCUACACCGCAGGACUCACUCCACCGGGUGGUUUCUGGGCUGCCGACGACAAGGCAAAUGGAUACGUUGCUGGUACCUCAGUUAUGCGCGACAAAUUUAACCGCAGGUACCGCUUGUUUCAGAACUGCAACGCUGUAGCAUUCUUCACCUCCUUGAUGAUCAUUGCAAUACUUGCCAAAAGCAUUAACGGGGAGGAAGAGCAUACACUAAGAAAAAAAUGUUUACCACCACUUGUAGGAUUAUGUUUUGUGAGCUUGGGGACUAGCUACCUCAUCGGCACCUGGGACAGCCUCACAAAUGGGGGCAGCUUAGCCAUUUGCUUGUUUGUGAUGCUCUUUAUCUACAUGGCGAUGCCUUGGGUUAGGAGUUGCAUAAGGAAGAAGCAACAUGGAUCCUUAUAGCAGCCUGCAACCUGCAAACUUAUGACCUCGUGGAGUAAACAAUGAUACUCUAGUAUUUAUGUUAUUGAUAUGCCCAAGACCAAGAGGCAACUAAUGGUAUGUAUGAUUACAUUUCUAUUUGUAAGUG